UCAGUUUACGUAUCCCUAGUUAACACCCUAUUUUGCCUACAGAGAACAAGAAAUACAGAAAAUUUUAAAUUAUCUUAAAAAAAGUAUUAAACUGCAAAUGAAACAACAUUUAUGCUAGACUAAGCGACUCUUGUUAGUUACAAACAAUAAAUUUAUAAUGCAAAAGUAUCAUUGAGCCAAACGAAACGAAAAAAUAAACCCAUAUAGAUAAAAUGCGACAACGAUAGAUAUGGAUUUUCACAUCUUCAUUGAAUUUUUUGACAAAACCGUGAAACGAAUUAUUCAUAUCAACACAACAAUACAAUACUCAAAUCAUUAAUUGUCUAAACUAAGUGUGCACCGCAUCAGCCAUAAACGUAAAUCCAAGUAAUUUAUGCGACUGAAAAUUCAGUCUGUUGCUUGAAACAUGAAGUUUGCUUAUUUAUCCUGUCGCAUCAUUGUAAUAUUGGCAUUGCUUGCACAUCAUGUCACCACCAGCAUAGAAACGUAUAAUGAAGUAGUGAGCUCCACAGUAGGAAAAUCAAAGUCACUGCCACAAUCUCCAGCUUCAGUGGGGGCGAGCAGCAGCAUUAUCGAACUGUUCAGCAGCGCUGCAUAUAAGGGCUUUGAGUCUGCAGCGUUGACAUACGAAGAUCCAAACAAUACAUCGAGUCCCUCUUCGUCCAAUCAGUCACUGUCGUUUAAUUUAGAAAAUAAAACAAAUAACAAUGGUGACUCGUCAUCAGCGCCGAGUGACUUACACUCAGGUGCGGAAAGCAGCAAUAAAACUGUGAACAACUUUAUUACUAAGAAGGUUCACUUUGACACCCAAUUAAACCACUUGGUUGUGGACACGGUGACGGGGCGCGUUUAUGUGGGUGGUGUAAAUAACCUAUAUCAAUUAUCGCCCGAUUUGGAGAUACACGAGAGUGUAAAGACCGGCCCCAAAAACGAUUCGGUUGAGUGUUCGAUAUUAGAUUGUCCUGCGCAUGCGAAACGUAAGCCCACCGAUAACUAUAACAAGGUCCUGCUAAUUGACCGCGCAACUUCACGCCUGAUCGUAUGCGGAAGCUUGUUCCAAGGAAAUUGCACAGUACAUAACCUACAGAAUGUGUCGAUUAUAGAGCAGGAAGUUCAAGACGCAGUUGUGGCGAACGAUGCUAAUUCUUCGACAGUUGCAUUUAUCGCGCCUGGGCCCCCACAGCACCCCCUAACGAAUGUAAUGUAUGUAGGAGUUACUUAUACAAAUAACUCGCCCUAUCGGAGUGAAAUACCGGCAGUAGCUUCACGUUCGUUGGAGAAGAAAAAUAUGUUUCAAAUAGCUUCGGCGGCGGUAACAACGGGAACACGAACAUUCAUCAACUCGUAUGCCCGCGAAGGAUAUUUGGUCACGUAUGUCUAUGGCUUUAGUUCUGAGAAGUUUUCUUAUUUCCUAACAACGCAACUGAAGCGCAAUCAUCACGUGUAUCCAAAGGAAUACAUUACCAAACUUGUCCGAAUUUGUCAAGAGGAUUCAAAUUACUACUCUUACACUGAGAUACCAGUUGAGUGUUCCAGCGGCACCAAGUACAAUUUGGUACAAGCCGCCUACUUGGACAAGCCAAGUGCGGACUUGGCUGAGAGUCUUUCUGUGACACCACAAGACGACGUCCUUUAUGCUGUAUUUUCCGAGGGCCGUGGUAACCAAUCAACUGACAACUCGGCGCUUUGCAUAUAUUCAUUAAAAUCAAUAAGACAAAAGUUUAUGCAGAAUAUUAAAUCGUGCUUCAAUGGUAAUGGAUUCAGAGGCCUCGACUUCAUAUCCCCCGAUAUGCGAUGUGUGCCAACAAAACUGCAAACUAUUGGCGAAGACUUUUGCGGUUUGGACGUCAACUCUCCACUUGGUGGUGAUCAACCGAUUACUGCAGUCGCUGUUCUGAAGUUUAAAGAUUAUCUUACAUCAAUUGCUGCGACCAGCUCCAGCGGCUAUACGGUUGUCUUCAUUGGAACUGGCAACGGAUAUUUGAAGAAAAUCGUUGUUGAAUCGAGCACGGUAGCAAAUGAAUAUGCCGAGAUACCAAUUUCCGUAGGUUCGCCAAUUCUCAAAGACAUGCUUUUUGACAAUCAGAACAUGCAUUUGUAUGUUAUGUCAAGGUCGCAGGUCGCCAAAGUUAAGGUUUACGAUUGCAGUGGCUACAAAACAUGUGGUGAAUGUUUGGGAGCACAUGAUCCCUACUGCGGUUGGUGUUCUUUGGAAAACAAGUGCUCAUCACGAUCAACUUGCCAGGACGAUGUCAACGAUCCCCUGUACUGGAUAAACUACAAGACGGGAAAGUGUACGACCAUAACUAGUGUAAUGCCUCAUCAAUUGCAACGAACAACAGCUCGAACUUUGGAACUGAUCAUUGACCACUUGCCACAGCUAAAAGAAAACUUGGUGUGUGCUUUUACGACAGAAGAAAAGGCGCUAUUUACGAAUGCGACAAAGAAGAGAAAUGGUGUGAACUGCACUACUCCACGGACAGAUAUGUUGCCACAGAUUGGACAAGGAAAACACCACUUUACUGCGAAAUUGUCUGUGCGCACUCGCAAUGGCCCCGAUUUGGUAUCAACCGAUUUUACAUUCUUCGACUGUAGUACUCACUCGUCGUGUACUCGCUGCGUAUCUUCAGAAUUCCCUUGUGACUGGUGCGUCGAAGCCCAUCGUUGCACACAUGAUACAGCAGAAAACUGUCGCAAUGAUAUCCUUGUAACUGGCGUCAGUCGUAUUGGUCCCAGUUAUCGAUCUGGACCAGGGUUUUGUCCGACUAUAAAUGCUACGGGCGAUGGGAGUGAGAUUCUUGUGGCCGCAGGCACCAGCAAGUCCAUUAAAGUUAAGGUUCAUAUAAUCGGGCAAUUCAUAGUACAAACUCGAUUUGUGUGUCAAUUCAACAUUGAAGGACGCGUCACUAGUCUAAAUGCCCAGCUAUUAGGCGAUACAAUCUACUGUGAUAGCAUGGAAUUCCAAUAUACAUCUCGUUCGCCCAAUUUGACGGCGACAUUUGCUGUUAUCUGGGGAGGUUCGAAGCCCCUGGACAACCCACAUGAUAUACACGUGGUCAUAUAUCGUUGUCGUGAUAUGGCCGACAGUUGUGGCAUGUGCCUAGCGCUGGCACAAAAAUACAACUGCGGUUGGUGUUCGUCCACGAACACAUGCGAGGUCGAAGAGCAGUGCAACAAGAAUAAUAAUGAAGGCAAAACCGACUGGUUGAAUCGAAUGGAAACAUGUCCCAAUCCGGAAAUACAUUAUUUUUCACCAAAAACAGGACCCUGGGAGGGCGGUACCAACAUAACGAUACGCGGCAUCAACUUGGGUAAAAAGUUCUCCGACAUUUACUCGGGAGUACGCAUUGCAGGAAUAAAUUGUUCGCCCUUUGAAAAGUUCUACGUGGAUACCAAGGAAAUUGUUUGUAUAGUGGACAGUCCCGGGGAACAAAUGUACCGUAGUGGCCGCAUUGUUGUACAAAUUGGCGAUUAUCGGGGAGAGUCAAAAGAGGACUAUGAAUUUGUUGACCCCAAGAUAUCAUCCUUCAGCCCCAGACAUGGACCCGUUUCCGGUGGAACUCAGAUACGAAUAAUUGGAAAGUAUUUAAAUUCCGGUUCACGAAUUCAAGCUUUCAUAAAUGAUCACUUGCCAUGCGAGAUUCUCAGUGUAGAUGAAAAUCAGGCAAUUUGCAGCACGUCCUCGUCGCCGGGUAUCAUCGAGGGGCGUCUGAAGAUGGUAUUUGAUAACGGCCCAAGAGAAUUUAACGAGUACAACUUUAAAUAUGUACUUGAUCCCACCGUUGAACAGGUAUACUCCGGAACCCCAGGCGGCCAAAUAAAAGUCCCCAAAGGGAUACCAGCAGGCGGCACAGAAAUAACUGUGAUUGGUACGCAUUUCAACUUUAUACAGGCACCUAGCAUGUAUGUCAUUUAUAAGAACAAAACGUUCCUCAGCCAGUGUCAAGUUAAAUCAUCAACUGAAAUGAUUUGCGAUUCACCAACGGUGGAAACUAGCGCUGACGACAUGUUAGAGGCCGAGAAUCCGCAAAAGUUGGAAUACGGAUUCCUAAUGGACCAUGUAUUGCAAGUGCAAAAUCUUUCGGCCAAACAUCAAAAUUAUUACGAAUUGUACCCGAAUCCCGUUUAUUACAACUUUGAAGAACGCGUCAAGUACUACAAGAGCGAAUAUUUAACUAUCAACGGACGCCAUUUGGAUCGGGCAUGUAGCGAAAGCGAUGUGAAAGUAUUCAUUGGCAAAAAGUUGUGCAAUAUUACGUCGUUGUCGCGACAACAACUGACGUGUCGUCCUCCAUUGGAGCCCUUCGGGGGAGACAACUACGAUACGGAUGACGACAGUGGUCCAGAAAGCAAGGACAGCUCUGGGCCUGAGGUUGUUGUGCGCAUUGGACGUUCGUUGGAGUACAGAAUCGGGGUAUUGAGCUAUGCCUCGCCGAAUAUCAUGGACGAUUUGGGCAAAAAUGCUUUUGUGGUCGUUGUUUCGGGUGUUAUACUAUUGCUCUUGAUAUUCGUCGCACUAUUGGUGGCAUACAAGAAGAAAACAUCGGAAUCAAAUAGAGUGCUUAGAAACAUGCAAGAACAAAUGGAUAUUUUGGAGUUGCGGGUGGCCGCUGAAUGCAAAGAAGCCUUUGCUGAAUUACAAACAGAAAUGACAGAUCUUACCGGAGACCUUACUUCAGGUGGUAUUCCAUUCCUCGACUACUGCACUUAUGCAAUGAAAAUAUUGUUUCCGAAUCAUGAAGACCACAUUGUACUCCAAUGGGAACGACCCGAGUUGUUGCGCAAGGAAAAUGGCUUGCGGCUAUUCGGUAAGCUAAUCAUGAAUAAAACUUUUCUACUUUUAUUUAUUCGAACCCUUGAAUCAAAUCGCUACUUCUCGAUGAGAGAGCGAGUCAAUGUUGCCUCUCUAAUUAUGGUAACAUUGCAAUCAAAGCUGGAAUACUGCACAGACAUUUUGAAAACACUGUUGAGUGAUCUGAUUGAGAAAUGCAUUGAAGGAAAGAGCCAUCCCAAACUGCUACUACGAAGAACGGAAAGUGUCGCCGAAAAAAUGUUGAGUGCAUGGUUCACCUUCCUCCUAUAUAAAUUUCUAAAGGAGUGUGCUGGUGAACCUCUAUACAUGCUUUUCCGUGCGGUAAAAGGCCAAGUAGACAAGGGUCCAGUGGACGCCUGUACAUAUGAAGCUCGCUACUCAUUGAGUGAAGAGAAACUCAUUCGACAGCUCAUUGAUUUCAGACCCAUGACAGUUUAUGCCAGCAUAAUACAACAGCCAAUAUUUUGUAACAAUGUGGAGAUGCUACCAACACACACUGAGAAUGUGCCAGUCAAAGUUUUAGAUUGCGAUACUAUAGGACAAGUUAAAGAGAAGUGCUUGGACACUAUUUAUCGCAAUAUACCGGCUAGUCAAAAACCCAGAAAAGAUGAUUUGGACCUUGAAUGGCGAACAGGUGCAACUGGCCGAGUUAUUUUGUAUGACGAAGACACAACCUCAAAGACUGAGAACGAGUGGAAGAAGCUGAACACGCUGCAACAUUAUAACGUUCCGGACGGCGCAGCCCUGAGCUUGGUUCCCAAACAAAGUUCAAUUUAUAACUUUUCCAUUUUGUCCGACAAAAACGAAAAAUCACAUAAAUACGAGACAUUAAAUCUUUCCAAAUUCACAUCAUCUUCGCCAACAUUCAGCAGAGCUGGUAGUCCCCUUAAUAAUGACAUCCAUGAAAACGGUAUCAAAUACUGGCAUCUGGUCAAGCAUCACGACAACGAUGUCCAGAAAGAGGGAGAACGGGUCAAUAAGCUCGUCUCGGAAAUAUAUUUGACACGCCUUCUAGCAACGAAAGGCACAUUGCAAAAAUUCGUCGACGAUCUAUUCGAGACAAUUUUCAGCACAGCCCACCGUGGUUCGGCUUUGCCAUUAGCUAUUAAGUACAUGUUUGAUUUUCUUGAUGACCAGGCCCUGUUGCAUGGCAUCACUGAUCCCGAGGUUGUGCACACUUGGAAAAGCAAUAGCUUGCCACUACGUUUCUGGGUGAAUCUCAUUAAGAAUCCUAACUUCGUCUUUGACAUCCACAAAUCGAAUAUCGUCGAUUCCUGCCUCUCCGUUGUCGCACAAACAUUCAUGGACUCAUGCUCCACAUCCGAUCACAGGCUAGGCAAGGAUUCGCCCAGUUCAAAACUGCUCUACGCAAAAGACAUACCAGAAUACCGCAAAUGGGUUGAUCGCUACUAUCACGACAUCCGAGAGAUGCCACCAAUCUCCGAUCAGGACAUGAAUGCCAUGUUGGCUGAGGAGUCGCGACUUCACACAUCCGAAUUCAACACAAACUGUGCUCUCCACGAACUCUACACCUACGUGGUCAAAUACAAUGAGCAACUGGCAGUCACAUUGGAGGAGGACGAGUUUUCGCAAAAGCAGCGUCUUGCCUAUAAACUAGAACAAGUCCACAACAUCAUGUCAGCCGAGUAAUAGCUCUGACCAUGCAAAGUGAAAGCUACUAUAUUUUGUAAUAUGUAAUCAUUAACAAUUAAGCAAAGUAAAAUAUAAAACUAAUUGGUGUUCAACAUUUUUUUAAUAAGCAAAGAAAACGUAUUGGAAGAUACCAAGUAAUAAAAGUCAAUCUUAAAAAGCAAAUUCAAAUUGUAACUCCCAAUUUGGGCUCAAUAAAAACAAAAACAAAAACCAA